AUGUCAUCACCACCACUACCAACAGCAACAACAACAACAACAAAUGGUUCUGUCCAUGAACCUGAUUUAACAACGUCUAUUUAUGAUACAAUUAAGCCAACAUCAGUCGAAAUCAACAGUCAACCAUCAUUAAAUGGUAAUAGUAAUGGCAAUUUCGAGAACAAUACGGAUAAUUCGACACAGUCACCUUCGCCGUCGAAACAUGUUUUAAAAUUAAAAGUUGGUGGUAAUGAUGAAAGUAAUUCGAGUGAAAAAGCAACAACUACAAAUGGUGUAAAUGGUCAUCAUAUAACGCCACCUGAUUCCAUUGAAUCUCCAUUAGAACCAUUAAUUGUUCGUGAAAUGCCCAAAGAAAGUUAUAAUAGUAAUAAUAUAGUUGAAGAUUUAGUAUUUGGUACAUCGCCAGCAACAACAACGACCGCGACCGCAAAUGUUUCAAAUGGUGAUGGUGAAAAUGAAAAUAAUGUUACUUCUACCAUGCUUAAUCCUUCUUCGCAAAAUGUUAAUACAGAUGAGAUAGAUCAUUCGAACAACAACAAAAAUUUGGGUCCAAAUACGAGCAACGAUUUGGGUUCUGACAGUGGUCUGGCAUCAUCAAGCGCUACAUCAACGCCAUCAAUAUUGCCAUCUGACGAUGACACGAGUGGUUCAUCUAUUUCAUCCGUUAAACUAAAUCAGUCCACAUUGAAGAAUAUAAACGAAAAUGAUUCCUCAGCCAUGUCCGAUACAGCAUCAAUAACAAGUUCAAAAACAAUUACAGACGACACAGUUGAAGAUCAUAAAACAUACGUCGAUGAACCAAAAUCUGAUGUUGAUCAAUCAUAUGGUGGUGUCUUUCAACCUGAACCAAGUUCAGUGAAAGACACGGUUAAAGUAUUUGAAGCAGCAUUAGCCGCUGGUAGUGAGCAACUGCCACCAUCAUCAACAGCUCAGGGGAAAAAAGCAUCAACAAUGAAAACGUCGUCAACAAUAAAAGAUCGUCCAAACACAAAAAGUUCAAAUAGUUUUUCAUCGAGUGACAAAACAAAAUUAUCAAAAGAGCAAAUAUCGCCGUUAGGUUCGUCAGUCGGUUCAAGUGAAAGUUUUGAUACGACAUCAGUAGCAUCAUCAUCGUCAGCUACAACAACUACACCCACUAUUCCAGUACAACAGGAACAGAAAGAAGUAAAGUCAAAACCAUCUAAAAAACGUCCUUCACUCAAAAAACAAAUACAACAUUUACUCAAAAUUGAUAAAUCUUCACCGUCACAAAACGAUGAUUCACACAAACAAGAAAAUGUUAUUCAAGAAGAGCCAAUAACAUCGUCACCAUCGAUGACAACAACAGCGAAUAAAAAAGCCAAUACGUUAAAUUCAAGAAAUAAUAAAACAGAUAAACGUGAUAAAAAUGGUACUGAUGUUAAUGAAACAAAGGUCCAUAUAUCCCCGCUACAUAGUCCAGAUUCGUUGAAUGAAAAAUUUGACAAAGAUUUAUCAUCAAUGUUAACAGAUGAACAAAAAGCAAAUGUAUUUAAAAAACGUCCAUCACCUCCGGCAUCAUCAUUACAACAACAGAAACGUACAUCACCAAGAGAAUCUGUUGAAAAAACCCAGACAACAACGACAGCAAAAACGACAGAAUUUAAUAUGCAUUCACCAACAUCAAAAACAAUAGAACCAUUAGAAAUCCGAAUAUCAAAUGAUCCUAUAUUUACAAAGAAAAAAUCUGUAUCACCAUCGUCAAAAUUAAAAACAGGAGGAUUAUUACAACAGAAUGAUGCUGUAACAUCAGAUAAAGUCACUGUUACAAAUGAAUCAGAUGGAAGACGUUCAGGCGUAUCAAAAUUAAUAUCAUCAUUUCAAACAUUAAAUAAUAAUAAUAAUAAUCAACAUGAUAAUGAUGGAAUUGAUAAUGGUGAAUUAGAACAAACAAUACUUGUUCCAAGAUUACAACGAUUAAGUACAAGUCCAGAUAAGUCGCACUGA